UAAACAAAAUCAAAGUUCAGUUGCUUCGAUCAGUCUCAUAAAGGGGACAUCCCCCUCUGUCCAGCCUGUGCUUCACUGUCUGUGGUUGGUGAGACACUCUGAAAGCUGCAGCCAGAAGAAGUUCACCAUGAUGCGGGCAGUCCUGGAUAUCUGGAUCUUAUCAGCAGUAGUCUGCGUGGGGAGAGGCCAUCACCAUUUAGGUCAUGGCAAGGUCAGAGAUCAGGCAGACCAGGACACUGCAGUGGAAGGCGACAACAGUGUUUCACUGGUGUCCACAGCAAACAAAGAGUUUACCUACCGUCUGUACAAGAAGCUAGCAGCUCAUGCUGACUCACAAGGCAAGAAUGUCUUCUUCUCACCAAGAAGUGUGUCCGUCGCUUUGGCUGCCUUAUCUGUGGGAGCACGGGGGGGGACCCACCAGCAGCUUUUCAGUGGUCUGGGUUUCAACAGCACCCUACUGACGCAGGCAAACGUAGAUCAGGCUUUCCGUACGCUCCUCGAAAGGGCGAACAAGACGUCUCAGCAAGACACCAGUGAAGGGACCGCUGUGUUCAUGGAUAACAGCUUCAAACCAAACCCUGAUUUCCUGGAUGUCUUGAAGCAGUCCUACUUUGCUGACGGGUUUAAUGUUGACUUCACCAAAAGCUCAGAGAGCGCCAAUACCAUCAACAGGUAUGUGGCGGAGAAGACCAAUGGGAAGAUAGACAAGCUGGUCGAAAGCCUGGAUGAAAACACUGUCAUGUAUCUCAUCAGUUACAUUUACUUCAAAGGAAAGUGGCAGAUUCCAUUUAGUCCUGACCUGACCAGGAAUGACGAGUUCAAUGUGGAUGAGAACACCAAGGUUCCAGUCCAGAUGAUGAAUAUGGAGGACAACAUUGACAUCUAUUACGAACAAGCAAUUAACACAUCAGUCCUCCACCUUCCCUUCAACAGCUCCCACUCCAUGCUGCUGUUGUUGCCUGACAAUAUGACAAGGCUGGAAAAUACCAUUUGCCCAGCCCAUGUCACCAAAUGGCUGAAGUGGAUGAAGUCCAGGAGAUAUGAUAUAUAUGUUCCAAAAUUUUCCAUCAAGUCUUCCUACAAGCUGAAUGACGUGUUGACUGAAAUGGGAAUGACAGACAUGUUUGGUGAUCGUGCAGACUUGACUGGCAUUUCAGAGGGCCAAAAACUGGCAGUCUCAGAGGUUGUGCACCAAGCUACCCUGGAUGUGGAUGAGGUCGGAGCCACCGCUACAGGUGCUACAGGCAUCGGCAUCACACUUCUGUCCUUCCGCCACAUCCCUGUCUUGAAGUUUAAUCGUCCUUUUAUGGUCCUCAUCAUCGAUCGCACCACAGAAGACACCCUCUUCAUUGGCAAGAUUAUCAACCCAAACAAAUGAUGAUGGAAACAUUUUUGUUUGCUCAAGCACAUCUGUUGCAUCACAACUGAAAUACAAACACAUAAAAAAAAACAUUUA